CUGGUUAUUAGCAGCCGUCUGUACGUCAGUAUUAUUGAGCUGUGGUGAGAUCUUCAUCCUCAGCACAUUAACCUCAUUAAACAGCUCCCCUUUUUACGGUUUUAAUGAACUCGACUGAAGCAGCAUCAUGAACAAAUGCUUAAUGUUACUCUUUCUGUCUUCGCUGAUGGUAAAUGCUGUGUAUGAUAAUACAGAUGAAGUGAAGUCAGUGAUGGAGGGUGAAUCUGUUACUCUACGCACUUAUAUUGUCAAACAGAGAGAUGAGAAGAUUGCGUGGAAUUAUGGACCUGACAACACUUUUAUUGCCAGAUUUACUGGAAAGACCAAUCACAGCAUGUUAUCUGAUGAUGAAAGGUUUAGAGGCAGAGUAAGGCUGGAUAAUAAGACUGGAGAUCUCAUCAUCACAAACAUCACAACUCAACACUCUGGAGAUUAUAAACUAAAGAUUACCAGAAACAAUGAAUUCUCAAAUAAGAAAUUCAGUGUUACUGUCUAUGCUCGUCUGCCUAUUCCUGACAUCUCCAGAUAUUCAACACAAUGUUCUUCUUUAUUUUCAUCAUCAUCAUCAAACUGUUCAUUAUUGUGUUCAGUGUUGAAUGUGAGAGAUGUGAGUCUGUCCUGGUAUAAAGGAAACAGUUUAUUGUCCAUCAUCAGUGUCCCUGGCCUUAAAACAAGCGCAUCUCUUCAUCUGGAGGUGGAUUAUCAAGAUAACAACACAUACAGCUGUGUACUCAACAAUACCAACACAAACCAAACUCAACACCUCAACAUCAAUGCAGUCUGUCAGACGUGUUUAGUUUAUUUUUUAGAUUCUACUUUUGGGACGUUCAUUAUGAUUCAAGUUGUAUUUGCUGGUGUGAUCAUCGCUGCUCUCUACAAACACAAAAGAGAUAAGAGUAAAGAAAGUCCCAUGACACCAACACAAGACCCAGAUAGCAUGCAACCAUUGAAACAAUGUUAAAAAUCAUUGAUUUGUCAAUAUUAAUACCAUUGAAUCAAUAUCACGUUUGCAC